UUUGAAAGCGGCGAAGGAGAGAGAUCGGAAAGCCUCUCCACCCUCUUUCUGAAACUCUGAAUCGAAUCCGACAAUGGAACUGUUCUAUUACACAGUGUUCGGCUUGCUUGGAAUCGUCGUGGCGGUUCUGGAGCUCAGCAAGAACAACAAGGAUCGCAUCAACACCUCUCAGACCUUCAAUUCCUUCAAGAACAAUUACCUUCUCGUCUAUUCUCUCAUGAUGGCCGGGGAUUGGUUGCAGGGUCCUUAUGUGUACUAUCUAUACAGUCAAUAUGGGUUCGGGAAAGGGGAGAUUGGACAACUCUUCAUUGCAGGUUUUGGAUCUUCCAUGUUGUUCGGGACAAUUGUUGGGUCUUUAGCUGACCAACAGGGUCGGAAGAGAGCUUGCGUGACUUAUUGCAUUAGCUACAUACUGAGCUGCAUUACCAAGCAUUCUCCUGAAUACAAAGUUUUGAUGUUGGGUCGUGUUUUGGGUGGUAUAGCUACUUCUCUCCUCUUCUCAGCAUUUGAGUCCUGGCUUGUUGCAGAACAUUUUAAGAGAGGGUUUGACCAACAAUGGCUCUCAUUAACAUUCUCCAAGGCGAUAUUUCUUGGCAAUGGCCUUGUAGCUAUUCUCUCUGGGUUGUUUGGAGACCUGCUUGUCGACAGCAUGAAUCUUGGGGCUGUGGCACCAUUCGAUGCCGCGGCAUGCUUUCUCGCAAUUGGGAUGCUCAUUAUUCUAUCAUCAUGGACUGAGAACUAUGGAGAUCCUUCAGAGAACAAGGACUUGCUUACCCAAUUCAAGGCUGCAGCUGUGGCCAUUGCUUCAGAUGAGAAAAUUGCAUUAUUGGGUGCAAUACAAUCUCUCUUUGAGGGUUCAAUGUACACCUUUGUGUUCCUCUGGACGCCUGCCUUGAGUCCAAAUGAAGAGGAAAUUCCCCAUGGUUUCAUAUUUGCAAAUUUCAUGUUGGCAUCCAUGUUGGGAAGCUUGAUUGCAUCUCGCUUGUUGGCCCGUGCAACUACUAAAGUCGAGAGCUACAUGCAGAUCGUAUUUGUAAUUUCUGCCAUGUCUCUCCUACUUCCUGUUGUGACAUCUUUCUUGGUUGAGCCUUCUAAUGUGAAGGGUGGAAGCAUCUCUUUCGCGGGUCGUGUGCAGCUCUUUGGUUUCUGUACCUUUGAGUGUUGUGUGGGGAUAUUCUGGCCAUCUAUCAUGAAGAUGAGGUCCCAUUACAUUCCAGAGGCGGCCAGAAGCACUAUCAUGAAUUUCUUCCGCAUUCCUCUCAACAUAUUUGUGUGUGUUGUCUUGUACAAUGUGAAUGCGUUCCCUAUCGCUGUUAUGUUCGGCAUGUGCUCAAUUUUCCUCUUCGUGGCAUCUAUUUUGCAGAGGCGCCUCUUAGCAAUUGCUGCUGACAAGUCAAAGAUCGAAAAUUGGACUGCAUUGGAGGGGAAGGAUGCUGAAGAAGAGCCGUUGACAGUUGCCUGAUGUCAGAAAAUAGGGCCAUUUAAGAUUUUCGCCCCGUUGGGGGGGG